AUGAUCCAAUUAAAAGAACUUCCCCCUCCACCUCCAUAUUCAGAAACGCCUCCCUCCUGCUCAGAUACCGCUUACGACGAAGAAGCCGCCUUUGAGGCAACCGAGUUCCCAGGGUUAGAAUCUGACCCCCGCAACACUAUCCACCCAGGAGGCUCCCAGCGCUGGUGGUCACGCAACUUUAAGCGCCAACUCUUGUGUUUGUUCGGCGUGAUCGUGGCGGUAGCGCUGACGCCAUAUGUGGUUUUGGUUAUUCUGAUGAGCCAGUGGAGGUUCUAA